AUGGCAGAACUUGGGGCUGGUGCUACGGUCGCAGGCCUGGCGCUUGCAGUCCCCGGUAUCAUCGACCUAAUUAUCAAGUACGGUGAAUGGAUACGGGAUCGCUACGAAACCUUCAAAACCCCAGAGCCGGUUUGGAAGGAGCUGGCGGUCUUUGGAGCGAGUUUGGCAGAUGGCAGACUACGCAGUCAACUACUCUUAGCAAGAGCCCAUUGGUUGCGAGAAGAUUGUGAUCCAGCGUUGAAGAAGUCGCUGGAAGAUGCCAUUGAUCUUCUCCACGAUGAUGUGGUCAAAGCGAACAGAGCUUCCGAAAAGUAUGCAACUCACGGUUUCGGAGCACGUAUUGGUUUUGCGUUAUAUGGGGAAAGAAAGUGCAAAGCUCUCAAUGAUGCCUUGCAGGGACACCAGCGAGAGCUUUCGGAUCUUCUCAUACUCAAAGACAUUGAAUCAAGGAUGAUUCCCAACUCAUUUCUUCUCGACCAAUCCAGGUUUCGACUCAAUAGUCGUCAUGGGUUCGUCAAAGUGCCUUAUACAUCUAGCCUAUUUAUCGCCAAGGCAGAGUACAAGGAAGACCCGAACGAAGCAGCCAUCCGAAAUGUGAUGGUCCUCGUAGAGAGGAAAGACGGAAACUUGGCGGGCAUCUCCUCGUAUCUUCAGACCCGACUUUCAGACAACCAUAGCGACCGAAGAACUGGCGUAUUGAGAUGCCUUGGAUAUCACUUGAAACCAGAUCAGGAGCUCAUUUUUGAGUUGCCAGAUGGCGCGGAUAACCCUCAGACCCUCCAAACCAUCAUUGCUUCCGACCAAGGGCAUUCUCAUCACCCUCUGGACUUUCGUUUCCGUCUCUGUCGCCAAUUAGCGGAAGCUGUUCUAGGCGUCUGCUCGGUGGGUCUAGUGCACAAGAACAUCAGAACAGAUACCAUCCUGAUCGUCCAGAGGCAGGCUCAGUCGAACGCAAGUCACAUACUGGACAAGAUUGGGUUUGGAGACAUGUUUCUCACUGAUUGGCAUCUUCUGAGAAGUCACGACGGUCUCACAACAGGAGCAAGUUCGCGGGACCAGGAAGAUUGGACCAAGGACAUGUACCGACACCCCGGCCGUCAAGGACUUCAGAAGCUCGAGGAGAGGUACAACAUUGGCCAUGAUAUCUACAGCCUUGGUGUCUGUCUUUUGGAGAUAGGUUUAUGGAGUGUGUUCGUCGAAGGCCGUACAGCAGACGGCCGUCCGCGUGUGUCUGGUUUCUUUCGAGCUGCGGCCAAGUUGGAUAGCGACCCGGAUCCAGAGGCGAAGUUACAGAGCAUAUUGAGAACUCCCGAAGCUAUCCGAAAUGUUCUGAUCCUCUUAGCCCAACAGCAGCUUCCAUCCCGCAUGGGCCUCAGCUUCACGAGGCUUGUCGUCUCUUGCCUGAAGGGCCUUGAUUUUCCCAGCGGUUUCGGGGCGGAAGUUAAAUUUAGAGAGAUGAACAAAACGGAGCAGGCGGUUGCUUUCAAGAAUGUUGUUCUUUCUUACUUCAACGACCUGUUUCUGUAA